AUGGCCGAAGACAAGGCGAUGGUCUGCCCAUUUUGUGGCUGGACAAAUGAUGCCGGCGAAUACCAGAUGCUUCUGCAUAUAGAAACCCUCCACGCAGAGGGAGACUCGCCAUUCACCGUGAAGGACGAAAAUAAAUUGGACGACCCUGGAGCUGCCGAAGAAGCUUCAUACGUUGAGUGUCCAAUUGACGGAUGCGGCGAAGUUGUUGUGCUCCAGGAGCUAGACUAUCACCUGGAACUCCAUUCAGAGGAAUCGGGUGACCACCUACAGGGUGGAGAGGCUUUUCCUUCUGAGAUAUCACAUACACCCGAGCCUUCAUUCACUGGGCCAUUCAGGGCUCAAAGAGAAGCAGAGAGGCACCGCCGCCCAGUACACGAGUCGGAUAAGAGCGAUCGUCAGGUGAACGCCAUCUCGGCUUGGAGGAGGCUGCUCAGGAUGCCUGGAUCCUCAUCAUCUGAGAAGGCCACUUCGUCAAAAUCCCUAGCUGGGGCUUUCACAAGAGGAAAACGACUUGGGAAAGCGCAACUUGGAAAGUACGCUCACGAAGACCGUAUGCCAGACUGGCUGGUGGCGUUGCUCAAGAAGAGUCCCCCAGUCGUGUCUCAAGGUGUUGUUUCAGUGAUUGCGAUGUUACUGGAACAGAGCCCAUCGACAAAAUAUGCCUAUGUCUGUGACCCAUGCGUCCAACAUGUCUCAAAGUUUAAGCGCGAAGGGGGCUUCUGUGGCUACCGGAACAUCCAAAUGCUCUCUUCGUUUAUCGUUGAGACUAAUUUCAAAGGCCACGAACAUUUCAAAGACAGCAUUCCAUCCAUUUUUCAAAUACAGGAGUGGAUCGAGACGGCUUGGGAUCAAGGAAUUAACCCUCAGGGCCGGCUUGAGACAGGCGGCAUCAGAGGAACACGAAAAUACAUCGGCACACCAGAAGCACUUGCUGUGUUACGUCUACUCAAUAUUCCAUGCGGCGCUCAGGGUAUCAAGAACAGGGAAGCCAGCAAGUCCGAGGCGCAACUCAUGGAGUACGUCGAGGCUUAUUUCCAAUCGGGCGUCCAGGAUCCGACACAGCGCAUUCACCAAACCAAGCUAGCACCCCUUUAUUUUCAGCACACUGGCCACUCCCUCACCAUAAUUGGGUUUGAGAAACUCCAAAACGGUGCCAAGCAACUAAUUGUGUUUGACCCGUCGUUCCGGGACUCGUCGUAUAUCGUGCGCCUGGUGGGCCAGACUGUCACCCAUCCCAUGCCGGAUCUUGCGUUAAAGCCAUACCGGAGGGGAAGUCGGUACCUCAAGGCAUAUAAGGAGUUUGAGCUGUUAAGGCUACGAAGGGGAGACGAAGCUGUUUGA